UUCAGUCACGUUACUCAAGUCAUAUCUCGCAUCUUUUCUCGUGGUAACCGUACGGUAUUGUUUGUAUGGGUGAAAUGGUCAGGGUUAUUCUAUCGUAGUCAAAUGAAUCUUCUUCAGUAUUGACAACUGGACAAUGAGGCUUGCUUUGAUUAUUGUACUAUCGCUCCUGUGCGUGACGUCACAGGCGAAAGCCCCCAAACAUUAUCUUCAUUGUAGCGGAUGAUCUGGGCUGGGGUGACGUCAGCUUCCAUGGUUCUAAGAUCAGGACGCCGCAUCUGGACAAACUUGCAUACAAUGGCGUCAUCCUCAACCACUACUAUGUGUCUCCACUAUGUACCCCGACUAGAAGCGCCAUCAUGACCGGCAGGCACCCCAUUCACACAGGUCUGCAGCACAAGGUGAUCAAGGAGACCACUCCGUAUGGCCUGUCUCUGAACGAGACCAUCAUGCCCCAGUAUCUCAACGAGCUGGGGUACGCUUCACACAUCAUUGGUAAGUGGCAUUUGGGCUUCUUCAAAAAGGAUUACAUUCCAACUAUGCGCGGGUUUGAUUCCCAUUUCGGUUACUACACGGGGAAGGAAGACUACUUCGACCACACAAGCCAGGGCCCGGAGGGCAUGUGGGGGCUGGACUUCCGCCGGAACCUGGACGUGGUGCAUGAUGAUGAUGAACAGUAUUCCACAACACUAUUUGCGACAGAAGCCAGUGACGUCAUAAAAGCUCAUAACCAAUCAAAGUCGUUGUUCCUGUAUCUAGCCUUCCAAGCAGUGCAUGCUGGGAACUACGGGGGAGAAGAUAUUAUUGCAGCACCCCAGACAUACAUCGACAGAUACAACCAUUUCAGUGACGUACCGAGGAGAAUGUUUGCUGGCAUGGUGUCGGCUCUGGAUGAAGCUGUGGGUAACGUCACGGCGACGUUGCAGCAGACGGGGAUGAUGAACAACACCAUCAUCGUCUUCACGACCGACAACGGCGGACCAACCAAUGGUUUCGACCACAAUGCCGCAAGCAACUGGCCGCUUAGGGGCUGCAAGGCCACGGUGUGGGAAGGCGGCGUACGGGGAAAUGGCUUCGUCUACAGCCCUCUACUCUCUACAUCCGGGUACGUCCAGGAGAACAUGAUGCAUAUCACUGAUUGGCUGCCCACACUCUACCACGCGGCCGGAGGUGACGUCAACAAACUUAGGAACCAAGAUGGCUACAAUCUGUGGGAAAUGUUGUCGAACAAUGGCGCCGCUGUUAGAAACGAAAUAUUACAUAACAUUGAUCCCAUACAGAACUUUUCAUCUAUUAGAGUUGGGGAGUAUAAACUUGUUAUGGGAGAUAUCUCAGAAGGUAAAGACGAUUCUUGGUACCCGCCACCAGAAGGAAAGGACACCAAGAUCAAACAUCCCUCUGGAAGUGAAUUCGUGAAAGAGUUCAAUACAAACGACCAUCCAGUGAACGUCAAUUGCGGCAAGAAACCCGUGGAUGCCGAGACUAACUGUCAACCGGAAGUGUCGCCAUGUUUGUUUCACAUUGCCAGCGACCCGUGCGAAUUCCACAAUAUAGCCUCCACAAACCCAGACCAGCUUCAAUUCUUGCUGGCCAGACUUGAAGAGUACAGGAAAACCAUGGUCCCUCCCGCCAACAAGGACCCUGAUCCUAACGCCGACCCUCGACUCCACGGGGGUGCGUGGACAUGGUGGCUCUGAUACACUAAUGGACACAAGUUUUAGAUUCAAUCGUUUUACAAUCCUGUAAAAUAUCAGUAUGAAAAGACAAGUUGAUGUUAAAAAAUUUUUUUAUUGAACCUAUGAAGGGUCGAUUUUUAUGAUGAUUUUUAAGUUUGAUAUAUCUUAUUGAAAUGAUGAUAUUUUGUUCGUAACAGACAAAAUUAAAAAUACUUGGGUAAUAUCAGAUUUUCAUGACUUUUGGCAUACACUGACAAGAAAGAAAUGUAUGAAAUAUCCUAGGGCAGUAUGAGCAUGCUUUUACAAUGUGUUAAUGACGGGUUGUUUUAUUGACGAAAUUAAAAUGUCUGAUAUUGA